AUAUCGAAGGCUGACAAUGACUUCCUCAAAUCCCCGGUCUUGUACGGAGUAGAGUCUCCAUGACGUUCCCAUUCCGAACGGGGAACCGAGCGAGCUGGAACGAUCAACGUUCCUACUAUGAUUGUCGACGGUGCGACCCUGGGCUGUCGCCUUCACCUUCAACAACUUGUCCACCCUUUUAGUCCGCCACUCUAAUGAUGAUGCAACGAUGAGUUCGACAAACUUUGCCGCUGCUCAGGAGAGGGUUCUGGAGCGUCGCCGUCUCCGCGAAGCCGAAGCUCGCGCCAGGCUUGCGGAGCAGCAACGGACCUCGCCGCUCAAUCAUCCCACUUUCCAAAGACUUCCAUACCCUCUAAACAAAUUACCCCAGUCAGGCUUUUCGCUAUGGAACACUAUAAGGGGCCGUGAAGGUAUCAGGCCCGCUUAUCGCGUGGGUCAGGUUGAUGCCGAAUUGCUGGAUGAAGAACUACUGGGGCUGCUGAAAGGACAGGUUGGGGAUGCAUUGAAAUAUUUUGGGCCUCAACUGCGCGAAGACUGGUCCCAUGAGAUUCAGUUCACCCUCCGUGCGAUCCUAUUCAAGCUCUCAAUAUGGGACCACAAUGCCUCUUAUGGUGCGGCAUUACAGAACCUGAAAUACAUCGAUAGCCGCAGCAAAGGGCUUGUUCAUUCGGCUCCGACAAAGUGGCAAAAAUCUUUGUAUGGGUUGCUUACUGUCGGUGGCCGCUACGCUUGGGGCAAGUGGGAAAGCUGGCUGAUCAAUCAAGAGAGUGGCUACGAAGAACCCUCCCAAGAAGUGCGAAUGUUGGCACGCAUGACAGAUCUUGUCUCCGCAACUCAUUCGAUCGCCGCCUUCGUCUCCUUCCUUGUGUUCUUAGUGAACGGCCGAUACCGGACCUUAGCCGACCGUCUCCUUCGCAUGCGUCUUCUUCCACCUUCUGCCCAGGCGAGUCGUGAAGUGUCAUUUGAGUAUCUGAAUCGUCAAUUGGUAUGGCACGCGAUGACAGAAUUUCUCCUCUUCCUGCUACCGCUCGUUGGGAUUAGCCGGUGGCGUCGAUGGCUCUCCAGACUGUGGCGGAAGACAUUGUCCACUCUCAAAGCCGGCAGCGAGGAUGACGAACAGACUGGAAAGCAGGGGGAGCUGGCAUUCCUUCCAGAGAGGACCUGCGCUAUAUGUUAUAAAGAAAACAAUCCCACAUCCACGACAGAGGGCGAGGCAAUAGCCGCGUCAGCUUCGUCGGGCGGAAUUGUCGGGUCAGCCCAGACCGAUAUAACGAAUCCCUAUGAAACGAUACCUUGCGGUUGUAUAUACUGCUUUGUCUGUAUUGUGCAGAAGCUGGAAGGGGAAGAAGGGGAGGGCUGGGUCUGUCUACGCUGCGGCGAGAUUGUGAAGAAAUGCAAACCCUGGAAUGGCGAUGUACUCGAAGAGACGCGCCCGCAGUCAAGCUCGGGGAAGAUGGUGGGAUUCGCUGUAGAUGGGGUGGCCAGCCCCGCUGAAAGCACCGUGGAGGGACAGGAGCCUGAAGGUCACGCUGGGAAGACAAGCCCAUUGCAGGAGUCAAUAUCGGAUGGGAUGCUGCACCACUCAAGUCAAUGGUCUACCAUUGAGAAGGACUCGGUUGAAGAAGUGUCUGAUAGAGAGGCAGAGGCGGCUGGGUCAGCACAGUAGAGACCCGAUGCCCUAUCAGGUGCUGCAAGGUAUAAAGGCAUUGGCGUAUAGCCAGUUGCAUCUGUUGAUGUUCCUUUGUAUUAUGCUCCUUGAUGCAUAUGUGAUGACGGCAUGUAUUGUUUGUGGUCGGUUCCGAUGGAAGAUACCCAGCAUUUUACGCUCCUCUUGCCUGUGGCUAUGAAACAAUGCAAU